AUGGAUUAUUCUAAAUUGGAAUUAUUGUUUGAACAACAAUUGAAAUUAAUGGAAAUGUUCGUCAACCAACAGACUGGUCCAGCUUCACCUUCAAGCAAUCCCAAUCAUACCAUGCUACCAUCUGUCGACGGCAUUGUGAACAGUAUUUCACAGUUCAAUUAUGACCCAGAGGCUAAUGUCACUUUUGACACAUGGUAUCAACGAUAUGAGGAUUUAUUCACUGUUGAUCUCGCCUCACAAGACGAUGCCUGGAAGGUGCGAGUUUUGCUACGUAAAUUGGGUCCGGCAGAAUAUGAACGGUACUGCAACCUAAUUUUACCACAGAAACCACGUGACAAUUGUUUCGAUGAUACAAUAAAGUUGCUGCGUGAACAUUUUGGAGACCACUCCUCAUUAUUCAGCAUACGUUAUCGUUUCCUCAAGCUGGCAAUGAAUGAAAAUGAUGAUUUUCUUACUCACGUUGGCACAGUCAACCGAGAAUGUGAGAGAUUUCGACUCAGGUCCUUAACAGAUGAUCAAUUCAAAGCUUUGAUCCUCAUAUGCAGUCUUCAAUCUCCUCGUUUCACAGAUAUCCGAACUCGACUGCUCAAUCAGCUAGAACAAAAUCCCAAGUUAACAUUACAUGACAUAGCUGAUGAAUAUCAACGGCUUAUUAAUCUGCAGAAAGACACACACUUGGUCGAAUCAACACCUCCGAGAAGCUCUGAUAUUCGUGCAUUACGCAAGAGCAAAAAUCUCCCAUCAUCUACUCCUGACCCACCUACUUCUUCUAAUGUCCCGCGGAAAAUAACACAUACUCGUCCAACUUCACAAAAUACGACAAAGAAGACCCCUCCAUCACCAUGCUGA